UUUGCUUGUCACAGAAACACGGAAGAGGAAUCGCAGGAAAAGACCCAAACUUGCAACGACGCACGGCCAUAGUGCAGCGAUUCUUUUCUACUUCCUGCCUGUUCCUGAAAGUCCUUUUUACUUACUGCCUUGGACAUAUCACAUCGGCGAGUCUCUAUUUCGUUUGGUUUCCGCUGCUGUCGAAAUCGAAAGUCAACCGAAGAGGGCCCGUACAACCCCAAGACAUGGAUGAGGAAAUGUCCGAGGAGACCUCGCCUCUCCAGCAGGACCUCACCUGCCCCGUGUGCCAGGGCAUCUUCCAGGACCCCCACCUGCUGCCCUGCACCCACAGCUUCUGUAAGGAGUGCCUGCAGAAGAGUUUGCAGUUCAACAAAAAGUGUCCGUUCUGCAGGAAGGAGUUCCAGGAAGGACAGGCCAUCCCCAACCGUGCGCUCAAGAGCGCCUGCGAAACUUUCGAGCAGACGAACCGACCCAAGCCGAUCCACAGUCGACCCAGCGAGGAGCUCUGCAACCUGCACAUGAAGCCGCUGGAGCUCUACUGUGAGAAAGACGAGGAGCCUCUGUGUGUGGACUGUGUCAGUCUCCACAACACACACAGGCUGCUGUCUUUGAAAGACGGAGCGCCAAUAUGCAAGAAGGAGCUUAACUUCAAAAUCCAGAUUUUUGAAAAGAAAGUGGAGUCAUAUAAGAAAAUGGCACAUAAAUUCAGCAAUACAGUGGAGUACAUCAAGUACCAAGCGGGGCUGGCAGAGAAACAGAUCAAGGCAGAGUUUGAGAGACUCCACAAAGUGCUUGUCACAGAAGAAGCUCUGCGUCUAAAAGCACUGGCUACUGACGAGGAGGAGCAGAUUGCUAAGGUGCAGAGUCAGAUUGAGCACACAAACAAGGACAUCGCCACUCUGAACGAGCUCAUCGACAGUAUGAAGAAAGAGAUAGGGAAUGAGGAUCUGGCACUGCUGCGGAAUUUCCAGAAUCUGAAAAGAAAAGCCCAAUGGAUAUCUCUUGAACCUUCCCUUCGUUAUGACGGUCUAUUGGACAUGGGCAAGCAUGUUGGUUCUUUGAGCUUCAAUAUAUGGAAGAAAUUGCAGUCUCAUGUCAAAUAUUAUCCAGUGGUUCUGAACCCGAACACAGCCUCUCCGUGGCUGUACUUGAAUGCUGACCUGACCGGUGUAAAAGAAAGCUCGGAGCGUCUGACUGCCCCUGACAACCCAGAGCGCUUUGAUCCCUGUGUCUUUGUCCUGGGUGCUGAAGGUUACACCUCUGGAAAGCACAAAUGGGACAUCAACGUUGGUGACAACCCUAAGUGGAUUGUGGGAGUAUGCAAAGAGUCAUUGGUCCGUAAAAAGAAGUUCACGGUCUCAACAAAUCGUGGCGUGUGGGCCAUAGCACUGAGCAAAGGGGUGUAUAGCGUUCUAACAGCUGAGCGUAAAGAGCUGCCGGUGCAGCAGCGUCCUGAAAAGAUUCGCAUCAAACUAAAUAUUGAUAAAGGAGAGGUGUCAUUUUGGGAUGCGGGGGCAUCAAAGCACUUGGUCACUCUUACGCACAAAUUUGAUGAGGAAGAGAUAUUUCCUAUCUUUGGACCCGGCCUUCAUAGUACCCCCAUGACCCUGGCUUCAGCAAAAAUUGCUGUGCACACGUCAUAAUAGACCAAGAUUAACAAGCAAGAUAAACACGACACAACAUUUACUAUUUCAACAGGAGUGAUUUACAGAUUUAUGUACAUCAUUUAAUAAAAGAUUGGAAUCCAACAAUGACAACACAUUAAACAUCAGAAUAUGGAUCAACACAGAAACAAUUAUAACAGCAUGUCAGAAAAGUCACUUGAAGUGCAUUGUUUAAAACCAACUUUAAAGCAUGUAGACAGCAGAUUGAGAAAGGCGAAGAUAGAUAAUGGUGUCGUUUCUUAGAGCUUUUCAAAUAUUACUACAAUACAUUGCAGAAACUGAUGUGAUCAAAGCAUGACACUGACUUUUUCAGGGUCACCAGAGGAUAACGGAGAUUAGUUUUGCCCUUGUGUGUUUGCUAAAGGAAACUGAAUAGACCAGUGUUUUUUCACUUUACUAUGGAGAGAUAGACGAGAGUAAAUAAUUACACUGCAGUAACUCGCAGCAUGGCAGAUGCUGGAUGCUGAUAGUGAUGAUGUUUUAAGAGCUAAUUAACCUGUUUCUCUUUGUGAAAGUGUUUUAGGAACCUGGCUCAGUUUUUCAUGUGUAAGAGGCCAAAAAACAGUAUAAUAAUAAUUUGCUCUUAUUUGUCACAAAUACAUUACAGCACUGUGAAAUGUUGCUGAUCCCAAUCGGGGUCUGAGCGCAGGGUCAGCCAUAGUACAGCACCCCUGGAGCAGGAAGGGUUAAAGGCCUUGCUCAAGGGCCCGACAGUGGCUGCAUCUGGGUUUGAACCUUUGAUUUGGCAUAAACAUAUUUUAAAUUGCUUUCUUUUAUACUUAAAGGGAUGUUAUGGUAGUUAUUUGUUUUGAUACAUUUAGAGAUACUUUAUUUCCUUAUGUCUUUAUGUUUGAAAAGCUUGGUUUAAUGAAUUAUUUGAUUGCUUUUAUUUGAUUUUGUUGAUUCUGCUCAAAUAUUUUGGUCUUUGAUUGUACACCGAAUCGCAGUUUGUUGGUUAGAGUAAUUGCAUUGCAAUGUUGAUUGCCAUUUUUAGUUUGAAGCUAAGAUACACUGCUCCUGCUCUCAGUUUGUCUAAUGACACACUUUAAUAAAAUGGUCUAAAAUCAA